CCCCGCGGCCCCGGCGCGCCUGAGGCUGCCCGCCCGCGGGUCCCGCCGCCGCGGCCACCGCCGCGUCCCCGCCGCCGCCUCCGCCUCGCUGCAGCGGCGAACCCGCCAGCAUGUCUCGCAGGAAGAUCUCGUCCGAGUCCUUCAGCUCCCUGGGCUCCGACUGCCCGGAGACCAGCCCCGAGGAGGAAGGGGAGUGCCCGCUGUCCAGGCUCUGCUGGAACGGCAGCCGGAGCCCGCCCGGGCCCCCCGGCUCCAGCGCGGCCGCCACGGCUGCCGCCCGGGUCCCCGCUGCCUCGGCCGCCGUGGCCGCGGCCGCGGCCGCCGCCGGCUCCAAAAGAGCCCAGCGCCGCCGGAGGGUCAACCUGGACUCACUGGGCGAGAGCAUCAGCCUCCUGACGGCGCCCUCGCCUCAGAUGAUAAACCUGACUCUCAAGAGGACGUUGCAGUAUUAUGAACAUCAAGUUAUCGGUUAUAGGGAUGCAGAAAAAAAUUUCCACAAUAUCUCUAACAGAUGCUCCUAUGCAGACCAUUCCAACAAAGAGGAAAUUGAAGAUGUCUCAAGAAUUCUUCAGUGUACUGCUAAUGUACUCGGACUGAAGUUCCAAGAAAUUCAAGAGAGAUUUGGUGAGGAAUUCUUUAAAAUAUGUUUUGAUGAGAAUGAGAGAGUCCUUCGAGCUGUGGGUGGCACGUUGCAGGACUUCUUCAAUGGAUUUGAUGCAUUGUUGGAGCACAUUAGGACUUCUUUUGGGAAGCGGGCCACUCUGGAGUCACCAUCUUUCCUAUGCAAAGAGCUUCCUGAAGGUACUCUCAUGCUCCACUACUUCCACCCUCACCAGACUGUGGGGUUUGCAAUGCUGGGAAUGAUUAAGGCUGCAGGAAAGAGAAUCUAUCACUUGAAUGUGGAAGUGGAACAAAUUGAAAAUGAAAAAUUGUGCUCUGAUGGUUCAAACCCAAGCAAUUGUAACUGUCUUACUUUCCUUAUCAAAGAAUGUGAAGCUACUCGGAUGACAAAGAACGCUCCGCAGGGUGCGUCCCAAGCUCCCGCAGACCUCAGAAUCAGCAUCAGCACCUUCUGCAGAGCAUUCCCCUUCCACCUUAUGGUUGACCCCAACAUGGUCGUCCUCCAGCUUGGGGAGGGACUCAGGAAACAGCUCCGCUGUGAUACUCACAAAGUGCUGAACUUUGAGGACUGUUUUGAGAUUGUGUCUCCAAAGGUCAAUGCCACCUUCGAGAGGGUCUUGCUACGACUGUCGACCCCAUUUGUGAUAAGGACCAAGCCCGAAGCUUCUGGUACUGAGAACGAAGAUAAGGUGAUGGAAAUCAAAGGGCAAAUGAUCCAUGUCCCAGAAUCCCACGCCAUUUUGUUUUUGGGCUCUCCAUGUGUGGACAAGCUGGAUGAGCUCAUGGGCCGAGGACUGCAUCUGUCAGACAUCCCUAUUCACGACGCCACCCGAGACGUCAUUUUAGUUGGAGAGCAAGCAAAGGCACAGGAUGGCUUGAAGAAAAGGAUGGAUAAAUUAAAGGCCACAUUAGAAAAAACUCACCAGGCCCUGGAGGAAGAGAAGAAGAAGACAGUGGAUCUGCUGUAUUCUAUUUUCCCUGGUGAUGUCGCCCAGCAGCUGUGGCAAGGACAGCAAGUGCAGGCCAGAAAGUUUGAUGAUGUCACCAUGCUCUUCUCAGACAUCGUGGGCUUCACAGCCAUAUGUGCCCAGUGUACUCCCAUGCAGGUGAUCAGCAUGCUCAACGAACUCUACACCAGAUUUGAUCACCAGUGUGGCUUUUUGGAUAUUUACAAGGUGGAGACAAUAGGAGACGCAUACUGUGUUGCCGCAGGGCUGCACAGGAAGAGCCUGAGCCACGCCAAGCCCAUCGCUCUGAUGGCCUUAAAGAUGAUGGAGCUGUCAGAAGAGGUUCUGACCCCCGAUGGAAGACCCAUUCAGAUGCGGAUAGGCAUUCACUCGGGCUCCGUGCUGGCUGGCGUGGUUGGUGUGAGAAUGCCACGGUAUUGUCUGUUUGGAAAUAAUGUCACUCUGGCAAGCAAAUUUGAAUCGGGAAGUCAUCCUCGGCGCAUCAAUGUCAGCCCAACCACUUACCAAUUACUAAAACGAGAAGACAGUUUCACAUUUAUUCCUCGUUCCCGUGAAGACCUUCCAGACAACUUCCCAAAGGAAAUCCCUGGGGUCUGCUAUUUCCUGGAGUUAAGGACGGGUCCAAAGCCACCAAAGCCAUCUCUGUCUUCAUCGAGAAUAAAAAAGGUGUCCUACAAUAUUGGCACGAUGUUCCUCCGGGAGACAAGCCUGUGAGACCUGCUGUGCAUCAAAGACUCCUCCAAAAAGCACAAACCCAGAACAUGGGUCCCAAUGAAGGGAGGAAGAGAUUGUUUCUCUUCCAAUGCUCUGUAAGAACAUAAAGUUUUUUUGUGUUAAUGUCAGGCAAUAAUCCUUGAAACAGUCAAUUACUGCUGUCAAUUUUAAAAAAGCUGGAUGGUGGACAGGAAAACACAAGAUGUUUCCGUCCAUAUAAGUAUUUCUGGUCAUAUGUAUUUUAUUUGUAAGUACUGCCCCCUUUCAAAAGUAACCGCUCAAUAGAGACUGUGUUUUCUUGUUUGUCACCAUGCAGGUAUCUUUCCCUGUAUAUUUGCACCACUUUCAAAAGCCAGUUUUGAAUAUAUAUUCCUACACUUAGUGAACUGGUAGGUAAGGAAUAUGCUUUAAUUUUCUCUUCCUGUAUAGACAUUUCAUACAUAUAUUAUGGCAGUGUGGUUCAACUUACAAGCAGGAAGAACUAUAACUCAGCAAAAUAUUUUAGGGAUAUUACCUAUUUUUAUAUAUAUCUAUGUAUGUAUCUUCUUCCAGAUAAUUGCAUUUCACACAACAUGAUUAGGUAUUUAGAAAGUGCUGUUGCUUUGUUGAUAUAUUAUGUGAUGCCAAAGUCCUAAUCUAAUAUAGUUUCACUCAUUGAGAUUAGUGCUUGAACCAAGAGUAUGUGUAAUUAAGGAUAUCAGCUGCCAAGAAAACGUGUCUGCUCGGUAAACACAUCUUUUAGAUUUACCUAAUGUAGCAUGGAUCCAGAGGAAAUGAAAUUUUCUAGUAGAAAAUUUUAUCUGUAACUAAGAGUCAGAAAAGACCUUUCUGUAACCUUCAAACACAUAUCAGUUAAAACAAACGCUUUGCAAAACUGGGCAUUUCAAUUUAGAAACAGCAUCCAAUGUAGGUGGUGUUUGCAAUGGUACAUGGCUCCCUAAUCUCACAAAAUAAUGUAUUAGUCACUGCCCUUUGUGUCUCUGACCAAUGCCUUCAAAGAACUGACUGCCACUCUCAGAAGCAAAUUCUUGAUACCAGUGUUACUGACAAAGACCUGUCAAGAAAUUUGUCAAGAAUCUUGAUUCUUAUUGCCUAACCACAAAGCAAAGGAAAACCCUGGAUGUCGUGGUUUUGAGAUUCUAAAAAUUAUAUUCUUCUUCAUUUUGACAAAUCCUUUAAAGCAGUGAAUCACCUCGUGAACCUCUAGCAAGCGCCAAAUGUAUAUACAGAUGUUUCCAUUGCAUGUUCUUCUGAAUUGAAGGUCUGUUACCAACACCUGACACUGUGUGGAAACAGUUAUUUGGGCUCACUGAAAUUAGGAGUGCACAGUGUGGCCAAAAUCUUCUUAUUUGGGAUCAGAUAUAAAACCUAAACGUCUAAAGGGUUUCAUGACCUGGAAGCAUUUGCUGUGGAAAACAUUAGAGUGGACCGUUUCUACUUACUCAAGUAUGUAUUCUCACUAGUAGCCAUGUUUACUGGAGUCAAUAUGCUUUUUUUUAUUUCCUGUUCAGGGAUUUGGGGUUGCAUUAAAGAUUUUAUGACACAUCUUAGAUAAGUUAUAUAUUAAUUUCCAAUGUGAAAUCUGUGAGGAUUAAUCAGUGUUUUUAUGUUCUCCAAGUAUGUGACUUGUGAACAUUUAACUUAAGCAAAGUACUUAUUAUAAUCCUAAUCUCUUUCUAAUUGGAGCUGUGUUCUUGCCCCGAUAUAAUAUAAUGGAGAUACUAGUUCAUCAACCUUCAUAGAGAGAAAGGAAGAUGGAUGUUCCCCGGGUUCUAAGCUGUUACCUGCCCCCCUCCUUUUCCCAGUUCUCUCUCUCUCUCUCUCUCUCUCUCUCUCUCUCUCUCUCUCUCUUGCAAUGAUUCCCUGGGGCUGCACCCUGCAGACAGUUUGGGCAAUGCUGGCCAUCGGGCUGUGUCUACUCUACUCUACUGUGUCUACUCUAGUAUAUCCUUAAGAGAAUAAUUAGAAGUUUCUUCAAGAGACUCGGGUAUUAGCUGACCUCCUUCACAGUCAGGGGAGAAUUUUCAGCAAAUGUAGAAGUCAUAAGCUAGAAACACAACUUAGUCAUGCUCAUAUUUAAAGUACUCAUAUGAAAGCAUCAUGAAGAAAGCUGCCAGUCUCCUUACUGUUGAGGAACAUGGAAGGAUAGCCAUGCUCACAAGGUUGUUUAGGCCUGUUAGGUGCCGUAACUGUAUUUAUUGUGAUACACUCAGUCACUCAAAAUUCAGUAAGCAUGUUCUGAAACCAUAAGGCUGAUAAAGCAUUUCCCAGGAUCCAUUCAAUCUCUUUCUAUACUUUUUGCAAAGAUUUGUCUCAGAAAUUAUUAAAUACAGUGUUCUCUCUGUAUUUAAGAAAAUAUAUGAAAAAUGUACACACACAGUGUUAUUUUUUAAAACCUAUCAUUUGAAAUCCACCCUAUUAUUCAGUGAUUGGUUAUAAAGCUCAAAAGGAGAAUUUAUUCAUUUAUUCUCAGUUUUCAAAAGCAUCACUAACUCUGUAUUUAUUUACGUUAUUUCACAUUGAGGGGAAAUAGCUAUUGCACUGUCAGAAAUAUCACUUUAAAGAACAUUGCAGAAAUCUAUUAUAUAUUACUGACAGGAAAUUAUAGUCUUCAAACACUAAAAUCUAUACUUCUGAAGACAGUCUGAGGAAGCAGCCUAAUCUUUUAUGAGUUUUCCAGACUGUUUGAAAUUGCUAUAAUAGUUACACUGUUGCUGAAUGUGCUCAUGAGGCACAGUUAAAAAGUUUAUUUGUUCUGUCUGCAGUCAUAGAUGGUAGAAGGUGAGGAAUUUAUGCUUUCAUUUUUCCUACACAGCAGAGUUCAUAUGUUCUACUUUAGGAAUAUUAACUGCAAAUACAAGACAGUCUUGUGAUUCUAUUGACAAAUAUCUCUGUUACUUCCAUAAACUUACAACUCUUAGGAAUGGUAAACAUUUUAGUGUUUCAGAUUGAAAGGAACUGAGAAAAGUGCCCAUAGAAACAAAGUGAAUGCAAAUUGGGGUAGUAUGUUUAGCUCACCAUACAACAAAUGAUUUCAUUCUGGUUUGAAUGUUAGGUCAGGUCACAAAUUUAGUAAAGGGGCUUUGCAACUGGACAUUAUUACCAACAUUUCACACUGGCAGAAAGGUAAUUGUCAUCUACAAUAAUAACCUAACAUAGUUAUUAUCUUCUUAUAUAGAAGCUGUCUUAUGGGUUUUAAUAAAUAGGCAAAAGUGGCCACAAUGAAAAAAUAAGUUGUCUCAGAACAUGGUUGGGCCUUCCAGCUAUAUCAUGUGGUGGAGGGUGUCUGUGACCCAGCUUUCUAAAAUCUACCUCUGUGUGCAUUCCUCUUGGUGUAUUUUAGACUAGUGAAGGUUUCCUUUUCAAUGCCAUAUUAAAUAUGGAGUCCACUGAGGUGUGACUGAUGUUUCUGACACAGAUACAUAAAACAGGAAAACUGGUCAGUGGAUCCAGCACAUAUUAGUUCUUACAGUGACAUCAGGAUAGAGAUAGAUUUUCAUAAAGUGUGAAAUUUUGGGCCUCUUCAAAGGAAGCAAAACAAGACAUUGAUGAGUUAAACAAAAUCUAAUUCUCAACUGCUCCAAUGCUUUUAAGCUUUCAGUUUUUUCCAAAGAGUUCUAGCAAUAAAGCAAAAAUGAAGAGAAGCAAAAGGCACACAGAAAUUCAGACCCUUCAGACUCUGUGUUCAUGACAGAACAGUGUUGGUACUGACUAAAAAAGCAGGUCUAUAGUUGUGUUGUGUUAAGGGGGACUUGGAGAUUAUGACCAUCACCACAGUGACAGUUGCUUGGGUUUGUGACUGACUGAAAUGGUUGCAAAGGUAUAGGGUAGACAGUAAACAGUGACAUAAGUUUCUGUGUUGUCAUGUUCUUUGAGCAAGAUAUUAGUUAUCCCUUCCUCACCCUCUCUUCUUCUGUGUGCUCACCAGAUACUAUCUCAACCCCUCGAGUCCAGGGUCCAUCAAAUAUCAUUUCUUCUUUACUCUGAACCAGACUUAGACACAGAAAGAGUUGCUAAUGCUUGACCCAGGGUAGAUAUACCCACAUAGUAUUGGGCCUUCCUGACUGGUGCGGUCUGUGGAGCCAUUACUUGUGUCUGCACUUUUCUUUCUUAAAAUAGAACCUGACCUUGUGCAACCCCUUGACUAUUCCUUUGGAACUAAUUAUACACUCGUGGCCUUUCAUCCAACAGAACAUAAAGAUUCAAAUCCUUGGACCAUCACCAUAAUUUACUUUGGUUCUUUCUGUUAUUAGAUUGGACAUCUACAGUUAUAAAAACUGUUAUUUUAGAGACUUCUGUAAGCCUGUGUAGAAAAUGAUAGCCGAAAUUCAUUAUGUAAGAGAAAAAAACAUGUCUUGCAUGAGUGUGCCUAACUCACAACCAACUUAAUACACACAUAAGCUGUGUCAAUCUGAUGGAACAAAAUUUAUGUUGAGUACAAUGCCUUUAGCUGUUGGCUCAGGUCAGAGUCCUCAUGUUGGUGAAUGAAGAACAGCUGCUGAUAGUCUAUAUAGCUUCACACAAUCUUGUCAGAGUAUGUUGAGGUAGUGUACAAAAUUCCUUCCUCACACUUGCCUCAAAAACAAGACAUUCACACGUUUAUAGAUCAGGAAGAAUCACAACUGACUACAUCCUUUUAAACUGAUUUAUAAAGUAACGAAGCUCAUAUAUGUAGUGCGCAUGUGCAUGCGGUUAUUUGGGUCUAAAAGGAAUGCCAUUAGGAAGGACUUGGGGAUGCCCGAGAGUCUGUUGUCUUUGUUCUAAUGUUGUGUAUCCCUGUCACACCUGUAGCUGGGUACUUCAUUGUUCUCCCCUGCUAUCCUAGUUUAAUGAUUCGGUUGGUCUGCUUAAAAGUGCCUGGCUGGCUUCAAAAGAAUUACCUAGAAUGUUUUAGGAGUAUGAAUCACUGGGCAUUUCCUUAAGAAACUCCUUUAGCAGGUCUCACGAGUAGGACCCAAGAAUCUGAGUUUAGAAAACCACUCUAGAUAACACUACACACACCCAGAUUUGGGGAUUACUGAAGAACAUACAUACAAUCUCAAUGACUAGAAGUUAAUACAAGCUGACUGUAAUAGCAAUAUAUUACUUUAUUUAUAGUUACUUUGAGUAUUUAAGCACUUAAGGUUUCUUGCCAUUAUUUCCAACAUAAAUUUUAAUUUUAGCUUUGCUUUCAAAUACUUGAUCUGAUUUCAUCAAACUCAUUAGGGGUGGAAGUCAACACUGAUAAGCAUGAGGGAUGACUAUUGCUCACUAUAGGGCUGUUAAGUAUACAAGACACUUUCUUAGUUACUGCAAAGCUGAGCAGUACAUUACAUUUGCUGACCUUUGCCACCGAGGUACAGAGUAUGAGUUUAGGAUGCAAAUAAGUAUUUAAAUGACAGCCUUACUUCAGACUGCUGUGAUCUCUAAAUCUUGUGUCUUUAUAAAAAGACACCAAGUUAACUUAAUGCUUCAUCGCACUGUGUAUACCAAACACGGGAUUUCAUACUUGCCUCAAAGCAACUUCUUAGCAAUACUUUAUAACAACCUUUCAAGCAAUAAUUUAAGCCAUGGUGAUGAUGCCAUAUAUAAUGCCUAUCUGUGCAUUUUACGGAGCCGUUGAUGAAAUAGAGACAUGGUUUCCACAAGCAAUAAUGUAGGCGGCUUGGAAUUUUUAGUUAUUUUGUGUUCCACCACAAAAUUAGCAACAAGGUGUGAAUUCGAUUUUAAAAACUGAACAAAUAGUGUACAAAUCAGAAGUUACUAAUUUGCAGACAUCCGGCUAGUGUAUUUCCAUCAGACUAUGCCUGCUAUGUAAUUUAAAUUUAUAUUACUGCAAUUUCUUUUCUUUCAAAGACACUGAUGUACUAUUUGUAAAAUUGCUAAAAUCUUUGGAUCUCUGUAGUUUAUCACAGCGAGUAACAAGGAUGAAUAAAUGGAAGUAGAGUGUAAGUUGGAAGAGCUGAUUGAGCAAGUGAACUUUGCUAAGAUAUCCAUGGGUGUUGGUGUUCUAAGGCCUCAAAGGUAUGAAUAGAAAAGGAGCGAAGAGAUUUCUAAAGGCGUAGAGACAGUUCGAAGAGAGAGUGUUAGGGAGUAGGCACUUUCCAUUGUAGACACCUUUCGAUUUAAUGAAUAUCAGGUAACUCAUUUGGUAUGUGUUACUCUUGUGUUUUUAUGUUUGUUUGUUUGUCUAUCUGUUUGUUUUGUUUUGUUUCACAGAAAAAACUCCCAAGCUAGAUCGUGUCAGGACUGCAGCAUCUGUGAGUCUCAGCAAAACUGUAAUUAAAAGCUCACAGAGCUAUAAAUAGCAACUCUCUGAAGGAAGCAGAUAGAGUAAGCCUUGGUUAUAGUGAUGAAGGUAAAUAGAAGUGUCAGAACAUCUGGAUUUACAAAACAAAGAGGGCCAAACACUGGCUCUGCCUCAUGUCACAGAAAAGCUACUGAAAUUAGCACAGGACAUACAGUCAGUGUACGAUGAUAUAAAACAGAAAGUUUUUUUUUCUCUCUUCAAACAUGUUUGGCUGAGCUACCAUUUAGUAAGAAGACUAUUUUUCACUUUGCAUGCCCCCAACCCCUGAUGUAGGAAUGAUAUACUGUUUUUGGGGGGUUUGUUUGUUUGUUUGUUUGUUUUUAUUGUGAACUUCAGUCACAUAGUCUGGCAAUGUUUCAUGUCCUAAAGCCUGUGCCAUCAAUCUUUGAGGCUAUUCCAUAUUCCAUGCUUCAUACUUUCUCAGCUUCCACUCUGGCUACUAACAAAGCAAGUACUCAGCUUCUGAACAGAAAAAUAGCCUAGCUAUACUCACGAUGACUAUCUUUCUCUGGGAGGCUCCAGAGAGCUGGCGCUAAGAAGAGAACUCCAGAGCAUUUGACAGUGGUCAGGGGGUGAGAGGAAGGUGUUCUUUCUGUUACCUAUUAUUGAAAAGAGGCGAAUGGUCUGGUAUCACCACUCAGAGAUUCCUCACUUACUUGUAACUGGUUAUUUCAUGCAUAUUCAUUUAUGUCAAAAAUUUUAGAAGUCCCCUCCUAUUUUUCAGUACUAUCAUCAGUCAUAGAAAUUAUUUUAGCAUAUGCUGAGUCAGUUCACUUGUGUAUAAACUUCAGAGUUGUUAGGAUUUAAAAAAACAACAACAGAAUAUUGUGCAUCAACCCUGACUAACAAGAAUCCAUGCAUUUCCACAUCCAGAGAAAGUGAGCUUUAAGAGUGAUUUUACUUUCUUUGCUUUCCAGGAAGCAUUCUGAUUUGUUCUGUGUCACUGAUUUUCAAGGCAAACAAAUAUCUUCUUUAUUCUGAGUUUUCACCAACGUUUCUGAAUGCAGCCAUUUAAAAGCCCCUUAUCCCCCACCCUAAGCAUUAUAAGUUAACUAUCUCCAGAGAAUAAAGCAAAAUAUUGAAGCAUUGCAAAUAGUGAGAAAUUAUCCAAAACUUGAUUUGUAUAGAUUUCCACAUUGAACCGAAAACUAACCUUGGUUUGGGGGUGGAUGCACAGUCAAAUUGGUUUUUGUAGUCACUAGCAAAGAAUAUUGAAAAAAAGAUCAAACCAUCUUUAAUGUUGGCUCUAUAUCUCUAGGCACCACAGUCUAGAUAAUGUGCAGGACUGUAGGAUCAUCUGAAACAAUUCAGUGGAAAUUUUAGAAAAAGUUUUGAAAAUUUGAUGUUCUGGAAGCCUAAUGAUGAGUGGAUAGCAGCCACAAUUAUCAGGCCUAUCAUUUUUAUUAGUUUCAAAUGUAUCACCAGGUACUCAAAAAAAUUUAGCCGCAUCAUAUGUUAUGUAACUCUGUGAUUUGAAAUAAUGGUUAUCUCUUGCUUUUUUUUUAUCCUUAAAACACCUUUUUAUGUCUAUAAAAUAUAAAUUAAUAUCUGACCUAUAAAAGUUUUCCUAAUUUAUGAGCAUAUGUGAAAUAUUUAGGUGGAUUCAGCUGGAGAAAAGGAAACAGUAAGAAAUACCCCCUCAUAGGUAGGACAAAAUUAUGAUUGUCGUCCAUCUUUGUUAACGUAAGAGAAAGCUGAAGACAUGACAUGCAUAUUUCAUUACAGACUUCUUAAAAAUCACCGUAUUUAUAUUCAACAAACUGGUGAAAAAAUACUAUAAAAUUCAGCAUGUCAAAGUUUAAAAAAACAAAUGAAGAACUUAAUAAAACUGCUAAUCAGGAUGAUGAUUUACAGGAACAAUGACAAAAAAUUUCUUCAUCACGGAUUUCCACCAGAGUAGAAUUUGUUUCUGUUUCAGUACUACGUCUUCAAACGGUAUUUGCUACAUGACGAACCAAGGUAUAGUAUAACCUUUAUGCUAAUGAGAAGCCAGGUAGGAAUUCAAAUGUCAUCUGUGUCAGCUGGAGUUGCAACUUAAAAAUGAUAGACCUGGCAUCAUUUCUGAAUGAAACUCUCAAGGAAGGUCUAACGAAUGGUUUCUUUCGUAGAUGCUACGUAGGGCAAACUAAUCAGGUCUUGAAGUGUGUUGGCCUUUUUAACUCCUGCUCUCCCGGCUCACCUUAACUCCUGUACUGCUUUCCCGCCCUUCCUACUUCUCUUUAUGCUGUCUUCUCUACCUCUGUUUCUCCAUAGCUCCUAUAAAGCGCAUCACAACAGUAGUGUACUCUUUGCGUUGAGCCUUCUCUUUUUCACAUCCACAUGACUGGGCACUGUAGACCUAGGAGGCAGGGAGGAAGAGCUUAGAACUUAGCAGCAAUCAUUUGGGAAGAGACGUGACUAUGAAUUUGGACCUUAGCUGUUGAAAGCUUUGUCAUACAAGAGAAAUAUGUGUCUAAACAAACACCUUUGCUGUCUCCUGUGAAGUGUCAGAAUCAACAUUUUAAAGCUCAUGCCCUUUGCCCCUGCAAGUCUUCAUUUAGAAAAAUCUUUUAGCUAAAACUUCUUUUUUCAUUAGACCGGAGAAUCACACUGAUAAGACUGGGAUAGAUAAGAAGCCGUUUCUGAAAUCUGCCUUGAGCAUGAUAGGUCCAUCAAAUGCAGCUUGAUUUCGCCUGCUCGUUAGCCAUAAGGGAUGCAAAGCCAAGUAUCUUGGAUUCUGCUCCAUGAGUCAGACAGUCAUGUUACAGUGUCUAGGUUGUGAGUGUCGGAAAGCAUUCAACAUAGAAUUUAUGCCUACCCUGCCAAAGAAGCAAUAUGUGGCAUUCUCCACGUUUCGUAGUUCUAUACCUUUGAGGUUUUAGCCCAUUUUCACAUAACUGUUGAAAACCACACUUUUGACUUAUUUGCUGGAAUUGAUGAAUUGCCAUGGUCUGAAAUACAAAAAAAGAGCUAAUUUUGAUAUUUUAUACUGUCGUAAAAAGGGAGCCAUCAUUUAUAAAUCUUAAUCCAAAGCCAUUUAUUUUUCAGGGAAAUUUAGAUAAUAUCUAGCAAAGUAUUUGGUUUACAAGGGAAAUUAAUUCAAAUAUCUAAAGUGUAUUAAAGAAAAAGGCAAAACAGGAAUGUUAGGAAACACACCUAGACAUUUUUCCAAAUUGAAAUGUCUUAUAUUUUUAUGUCUCUGACCAAUAAUAUAUUCAAACAUCCAUAGAAUCGUUUUGUUUGUAUUCUGUAGUGGGAUUGGAGCAUUAAUUUUUUCCUCUUAGAUAUACAUACAUAUUUUAAACACUUUAUUUCUGCUCUGGGGAAUGGAACUUGUGCAUGCUAGGCAAACUCCAUCUGGGAACUACCCUCUCAGCUGGAAUAUUUUACAUUUCCAUUCCUAUUUCUAAAUAUAUUCUUUGUUACCAGAAAUCCGAAAUUCAGAUCACAUAGAAAGGAGAAAAUAUACAAAUUUCAAAAGAAUUAACACCUCCGAACAGUAACAGCUUUGUUCAUCGUCUUUUCUUUCUCCCAUUCUUCACUCUGACCUUGUGAAAUGGGUUAAUAAUUACCAUCUAAAUUGAGAUGGACAUGGCUAUUGACUGUUUUCCUAUGAUUUUCCUUAUUAAGAGUGAUUUUGUUCUAGAGUAUAGCCAAUAUUAAGACUUAGAUGAGUAAAUGAAUAAAUUUCUUUAAAAUAAAUAUUAAGAUAAACUUAAUAUCUUUAUCAUUUUUAUUUGUUUAGGAAAACAGUUUUAAGUGAUUUUUAAAUGGUAGAAAUAUAGAUAAUGCAAACAAGAAAUUAAGUUGUGAGCCAAGUCUCCUUUUAUGUCUCCCUGUGUUUUUGCUUUAGAAAAUCAGUUGCUAAAAUCCCAACGUACAAAAUCUACACACUACUGACCACAGACUUAGAGCAGCAGUUACUCUAUUAGGAAAUCUAGUCCUGUGGUCACAGAUGGUCACGAUGUGAGAAUAUUCAGAAAGUCUGGUAGGAAAACAGUCCAGGAAGAGAAAUGUUAUUUACCUAAUUUAUUUAUUUUAAGUUAAGACAUCAGUUUGUUUCACUGAGAGAAGAAAAGCAAAUCUCCCGAGAGUUUGCCUUGGAAAGGUGUGAGUGCUGUGACGGCUCCUGGCACCUACACUGCACCUUCAGUAAGCGACUGGCAAACUGCUCUUCUGCUUUUGAAGACACCAGUUAAGUGCAUUCAAACACACAUCAUUCCUCCAUUCCGAAACCUACCUGAAUUCAGACUGUUUAACUGUGAGUUGCCAUUUUGCAAAACCAAAGGGUCCCAUUUCCCAAACCGUUCUUUCAAUAUCAAAUGUAUCCUGCUCAUUUGAACGCAUAAGACCAACAUAUCAAACACUGAGCACUGCAUAGUAACAACUAGGUUCCUCAUGCUAACGCAAAGACAUCGUCGUGAUGUGCUAGGCUUCCCUUUGUGUCCUCUGCACGAGGUAGUUUUUACUUAAACAGAUACCUGAGUUAACUUAAUAUUUGGUCCAUUUGUUUGUUGCAAUCUCAUACAUCUAAAUUUUGGCUUGGCUUGCUGUAAAUAAUAUUACAUAUACUAUUUUACUAACAGAUUAUACUUUGUGAAUCAUUUCUUGAAAAAAAAAUAUCUAUUUAUCCCAAACUUAAACUAUAAUAUCAUCAAAUAAUACCUGGUAAAUAUACUAUUACAUAUGUAGGGCAUGAUUAAAUUACAUACAUUUUGAAAUGGCAAGCUAUUUUUCAUUUUUUUAUUUUUAAUGAAUGCAUCAGUUAAACCUGUAUCAUUAACUUUUUAGAGUUUAUUUGGUCAUUCAAAUUAUAAAGUAUUUUCUUUAAUAGUACAGGUUGCAAAAUGAAAAUUCUGAUUAAAAUAAUCAAAAAUGCCUCAUUUAACUAGAAUUUUAAAAAUAAUACCUGUAAAUGUAUAGAAGUAUUUAUAAAAUUAUAAACAUCUGCCGUAUCUUCUUUUUAAUGUAGCACGACCUUUUGCCUGUUUUCUUCUUUUACUUAUAAUUAUCCUAAAUUACGCACAAUAUAUAUUCUGUUUCAUGAUGCAGUAGUCAUUGUGCAUGUAGACUGCAGAGCAAGGUGAGUUUGUACAUGGAAAUGAUUGAUGGACACCUGGAAUUCUUCUAAACAAAGUGAAAAUAAAAGUGUGUUAUAUUUACAUGAUUCAUUACAGAGCUGUUUAAAUCAUGCAUUAUUUACCUUAAAAGUUCAAACUGUCACUUAUAAAAUAUUUAAAUCAAUAAAUUAAACCAACAAAA